AUGGGCUCAGCUGGAAUUCAGGGCCGGCUUCUAACGCAAAUCUUGGAUGAUUUGGCACAAAAGUCACCUUCUUCGUUGUAUUGCAUCCAUCCCACCUCACAAGCCAGCGACAAUGAUUGGUGCCAUAUCUCUGUCCAGCAAUUUGCUCAAGCCGUUGACCGAUUGGCUUGGUGGAUCGACCACAAGCUGGGUGGGCAGAAGGAGCAACAAGUUUUGGCUUACAUUGGUACCAAUGAUUUGAGAUAUGGAGCAUUCAUACUAGCAUGUAUGAAAUUAGGACACGCGACUUUGCUACUCUCGACCCGGAACUCUCAAGAAGCCCAGCGACAUCUUCUACAGUCUACGAAGUGCUCUAUCCUAGUGGAUGGGAUUGAAAAAGCACAGCUGCAACAUCAAGUCGAUGACCUCGAGGCCAACUCUUCCGAUGUUCCGUUUGACCGAUGGAAGAUUGACUCGAUGUGGGAUGUUUUCUCAUCUAGUCCAGUUCCACCGUGCCCCCACAGUGUACAGUUCGCGGAUGUUGAAGACCUUCCUGCUGUCAUAAUUCAUAGUUCUGGCACUACAGGAAAUCCUAAGCCUAUUACCGUGACUCAUGGCUAUCUCGCUACUCUAGACAACUUGAGGGCGCUUCCUGUGCCUUCAGGACGUCAAUCUUGUUUUAUGUUUCACCUUCAGCAAGGAAAACUACGCUUCUACUAUAGCCCAUUCUUCCAUUUCAUGGGUCUUGUUUGUAUUUCCGAGUGUCUCUUUUACCAAACUCCAUUCUUGCUUACGCCGGACCGUCCGUUAACCACGAAAUUGUUCACUCGGAUCAUGAACAUGGAUUAUGCUCCCACUUGGGGUCUCUUUAAUCCAUACGCCCUCGAAGAGCUCGCGGGCUCUGAAGAAGGGCUUCGAGCACUAAAGAAGCUUUCUGCCGUAAAUUACGGUGGGGCACCGAUGGGACAGGCAACAGGGGAGAAGCUAACAUCAGUUCUCAGACUCCAAACUAUAAUUGGAAGCAGCGAGACUGCCUAUACCCCCGCGUUGCUCUGUGUUGAUCCUGCGGACUGGUCUUAUCAUGAGUGGAAUCCAGCAUUUGAACUUCGCAUGGAGGAUACAGGGGAAGGUUUGUGGGAGUUGGUCUUACCAAGGCCAAAGCAACUUUAUUUUCACGGUAUCUUCCACUCGCAUCCACACCUAGACGAAUAUCGAACCGGUGAUCUCUUUCGCCCUCAUCCCUCUAAGCCUGGACUUUGGAAGUACGAUGGUCGAGGAGACGAUAUUCUUGUCCUGAGUAAUGGGGAGAAAUUCAACCCCAUUGAGGCAGAGAAGCUGAUUGAGUCUCAUACGUUUGUGAGACAUGCCGCCAUAUUCGGUCGGGAUCGUUUUCAGGCGGCCUUGUUGAUAGAGCUGAAUUGGGAAGAAUUGCCUCCUUCUUGGACACCCAAUGAGCUGAAGCGAACAAUCUGGCCUGUUGUUGAACAAGGGAAUGAACUUUUACCAGCCCAUGGGAAAGUCCUUGAAAGUCACAUUGCAUUCAGCUCUCAAGACAGACCUUUUACUUUAUCUCCAAAAGGAACGCUCCGGCGACGCGAUAUUGCCAAAACGUACGAGACCGUCUUAGACGGCCUUUACCAUCCGGAGGGGACCAAUGCGCAAUCUUCUAAGCAUGUUGAAGAAGUUCCGGGAACUCAGCUUUCCGAAAUUCGCGAAUGGAUUCAAGACCAGAUUGCGCAGAUACUUGCUCAAGACGCUAUCGGCUCUAAUACCGAUCUGGCCGCUCUAGGUAUGGAUUCGCUUCAGACUGUCCGGCUUGUUCAAGUUUUGCAACUUGCCGAAGAUAAGCUGCAUGUCAAUCAGAAGAAUGACAACUGGACUAGCGCGAUGGUUUACGACUUAGAGACAAUCCCGCUGCUAGCCCAAACUCUAUAUAAGCGCAUUCACGGAUCUGAACCUGAAAGUGACUCAACCAAACCAAGUAUUUCGUCACGGGAGGAUACUUUGAUAAAGUCAAUCUGGCAGCAAGCACAAUUCCUUGGAUCGGGUGGAUUGACGGUAGUCCUGACAGGCUCAACUGGUGAGCUGGGUAGCUACAUCCUCGACAUGCUAUUGAAGGAUCCAUCAAUCACGCAGAUAUAUUGUUUAAAUCGGUCCGCCGACGCAGCAGAGCGACAAGUCAUGAGCUUCGAAAAGAAGCAGCUCUCCAGCACUUGGUUAACAGAGACUUCUCGCGUACAGUUCUGGCUGAGCAGCCUAGGUGAAGAAUAUCUCGGUCUGACACCAGAAAAAUACGACUUUCUCGAGCAAAAUGUCGACAUUGUCAUGCACAAUUCCUGGCUUGUGAACUUCAACCAGCCAAUCGCUAAUUUUGAGACACACAUCAUCGGGGUUCGACGACUAUUGAAACUGAUUGAAAACUCCUCUCACAAUGCUAAUUUCCAUUUCGUCUCCUCUGUCUCAACCGUCCUGGGCCAGCCCAUGCCUUCGGGAUCGCCCAUUCCAGAGGGUUUGCCGCAAAUGACGGGGCCACUUCGGCAGGGGUAUGGAGAGUCGAAAUAUGUCGGCGAAAAUCUCUGCCAAAUUGCGUCCGAGCGCAACAGAUCGCAAAUUGCAAUCCAUCGCGUUGGUCAGCUUGGUGGACCAUCUAACCCCGAGGCGGGAAUGUGGAACAUGCGCGAUUGGCUCCCGUCUUUGGUGUGGUCGUCGCAAACUAUGCGCAAGCUACCUGAUAGCUUGGGCCCAUUUCAGGUGGACUGGCUUCCGAUUGAUGUCGCCGCUCGUAUAAUGACGGAAAUUGUCAGGAAUCGCCGUGACCAAACUUCCUCUGCAUUGGCCAUCUACCAUAUCACAAACCCAAAGAUAGCACAGUGGGAAUCACUUACUGGACUGGUAGCCAAGGCAUGCGGUGCCAGCAUUGUCUCUCUUGAAGAAUGGGUCCAGAGUCUAGAGCAUCUGGUCAGCAGUGGGGAUGUUGAUCUCCAUAAGCUCCCUGCUGCAGGACUAUUGGAUUUCUUCCGAAUGCUCGUCACUCGGCAAAGCUACCCGAUGCCAAGCAUGGACGUUGCAAAUACUCAAGCGGCCUCUCUUAGUUUGCGCGAAAUGGGUCCUGUUGACGAGAGGCUCAUGGAGACGUGGCUACGACAGUGGAAGGAAGUGAUCCCGGAAUUGGCAAUUUGA